CUUACCUUGCAUACCUUCAGGUUGCGUCUUGUCACACGGAAACAACGUGCUGAUUGGAUGGAUAUGGGCUCUUACCUGCCAGGUAGAGCCAAUGCUGCAUCACUAUUGGAUGAGUGGGAGUGAUUAAACUCCUCCCACUUCCCUAUCUACUCAAAAGCAUACUAUUGCAGGCAGCACAUUGCUAGUGGAGAAGGAUGUGGGAAGCUGUGUGCUAAACUGUGGAAUAACAACGCACUGUGAGGAGGACAAGGACCGGAGACAUUGGACCUUUCAGUUUGCAAAGUCACAAGUUUCUGCGUGUGCUGCUACUCGGGAGUAAAGAAGGGAACGGUAUCGCAGACACCAAGGCGAGAUGGCCUCCGUCGCUUCCUUCACCCGCAGCCAGUGGUCCUCCCAGUCGCUGAGGGUCACUGCCAAAGAGCUGUCAAUCGUCUCCUCCAGGGGCAAGAACAACGCCAUCGCAGAACGCUUCUCCAAAUACCAGAUGGCUGCAGAGGAGAGCAAUGCAGAGAAGAAGAAAAUGGUGGUGGAAGCCUUGCCUCAGACACUGUGCAACGGGAAUCUGAAUGUCCUGAAGAAACGCUGGGAGCAACCGCAGCAGGCUAGACCCUCCAGCUCCAACAGCACCACCAGGACCACGAGGUCCUCCAGCGCCACCAGGCCCUCCAGCGCCACCAGGCCCACCAGCGCCACCAGGCCCACCAGCGCCACCAGGCUCACGAGGUCCUCCAGCGCCACCAGGCCCACCAGCGCCACCAGGCCCUCCAGCGCCACCAGGCCCACCACCACCACCACCACCAGACCCCCCAGACCCCCCAGCUCCACCAGCACCAACGGCACCACCAGACCGCCCGCCAAGCCGACAUCUCUUCAGCAGCGCGCCGCCCCUACGCCGAGACCUCUAGCCCCCGCCGCCCCGCUGCUCAACACCCAGGAGGACACCCCGAACACCUCCUCCCCGCCCCCGCCCCGGGAGCCGCAGCGGGAGCCCCAGGCCGCGCCCCGGGCCGGAGAGGCGGCGGACAUGGAGCGGCCGGAGGGGGGCGCCGUGGAGGUCCCCGAGGAGGAGAAGGCCAACGUGCCGCUCAGCAGCCUCAAGAUGAUGUUCGAGAACGGGGGAGCUGGCCAGGUAUCUAGUGAGCAGGAAGAGACGGGAGGAAAUACUGCAGAAAUGGACCAUCUAUCAGGAGGGCCGGACGGGGCCGAGUCCACCCCUCUGAAGGACAGGAUGGCUCUCUACCAGGCUGCCGUCUCCAAGCAGGAAGCCCUGCCCACCUCCGUCAGUAGUGACCAGCUGGAUAGCUACAGUGGAAAGCAGAAGGAGAAUGUUCCCCCCCACAGUCCAGACAAGCAGGGUCCGGACUCUGAGCCCAACAGCAGGAAGCCCUCCAACUCCUCGGACACCAACGGCGGCGGCAGCAGCAGCAGCACCCCGGGGUCCUCUCAGCCGAAGAGGCAAAACUUCCGCCCCCCGGCGAGGGAGACGUGCGUCUCCUGUUCCAAGACGGUCUAUCCCCUGGAGCGCCUGGUGGCCAACCAGCAGGUGUUCCACAACACCUGCUUCCGCUGCACGCACUGCAACACCAAGCUCAGCCUGGUGAACUACGCCUCUCUGCACAACAACGUCUACUGCAAGCCGCACUUCUGCCAGCUGUUCAAGGCCAAGGGCAACUACGACGAGGGCUUCGGCCACCGGCCGCACAAGGAGCUGUGGGGCGCCAAAGGGGAGGCCGGGGAGGGCUCAACGCAGGCCAGGACCGAGACCAGACCCAAGCCCCAGACCCCGGCUCCGGAGCUGGACAGUCCCAGCGUGGAGGACUCCCCUCUGGCCGCAGUCAACGUCCUCAUGGCCACCAUGGAGACCAUGGCCCAGGGCUCGGCGGAGAGACCCCCGCGGCCCGCAGAGACCCGCCGCCUCAAGAUCUCCUGGCCCCCGCGGGCCGAGGCAGAAGGGGAGGCUGCAGGCGGGGGGCCCGCUCUCACAGCCGUGACCCCUGCCCUUAACGGGGCCUCCGCCACCGCCAAGCAAGUCCGAGCCAAGUGGCCCCCGGAGGAGGAGCUGUCCUCCCUGUGCGCCCCCGGGGGGGAGAGCCUCGAGGCCAGCGAGCUGUCCGGCAUGCACAGGAGCUCCUCCCUGAAGGAGCGCCGCCGGCCCUUCACGCUGGCCGCUCGGAGCGCUGCCCCCGACGGCCCCCCGGAGGGCCCCGCGGCCCACCCGCAGCCACGGGAUCCGGGGCACCAGGGCGACGGCCUGGCGCCCUCCACCAGCAUGGAGCUACAGCAGCCGCAGGCCGGCGGCCAGUCAGACGACCCGACGGCCACGCGGGACAGCUGGGUGGAUGACGAGGAAGAGGAGGAGCUGCGAGGGGCUGAGGAGGAGGAGGAGGACGAGGAAGAAGAGGGGGAGCAGAUGGAGGAAGAGCAGAUGGAAGAAGAGGACAUCCUUUUGGAUGAAGAGGAAGAGGUGCCAUCACUCCAGGGGAGUCCCAUGGAGCCCGCCGGGCUGUCGUCCGCCGACAGCGAGCAGGGGGCCGUCGGCGACCCGGCCCCCCAGGACGCGGGCCCCUGGGACCGCGAAGAGGAGACGCCACCAGAGAAGGAGGCACUUUCUGUGGAGGAGAUAAUCAAACGGAACCGUCACUAUGACGACGAGGAGGAAGAGGAGGAUGUAUGAAUGCGAAGCUCUUCAGCAGUGCUCUCAGGUCCUCCUCUCCUUCAUCUCAUUGGACCACGUUCUGCUGCUUCACUCCAGACACUUGGUGCCUCUCUCACCGGUGUUUCUACCUUCUGACCUUCUUGAACCUUGCAAGACAUUCCUAAAAUAUUAGCAUUUCUCACUGUCGGUGACGGUUUAAGAAAAGUGUUUGUCUGAUGCAAGUUGAUUUUUAAAUGUAAAGAAGUACAUCUCAUCCUUCAAGUACUUAUUUUUAGAUUUCAAGGUAGGCUGAUGUGAGUGCUCUUGUGCUACGCUAUGCACUUGUUAUUACACAGAACACACCUGGGCCUCUGUAGCAUGAGACGGGGAAUACUAGGGUUAGAAACAAUAGAUGGCUCAAAGGAUGUUCUUCUGCCCCCUGCCUUUCUCUCACUUUCCUACUUUUUUAUGAUGUGUAAUGCAAGCAAAUACUGCUACCAUCAUUGUUUUAUGUGGACCAAAAUAUGUACUGUUCAUACAAAUAAAGAAUUGUUAUACUCAAAAGGA